UUGGCGCAACAGACAUGCCGAGUCUUGUCAGUGAAUGCUUUGAGUAAAGUGCUGCGUAGCGGGGUCUUGGUGGUGCAGCUGAGUUGGUCCGCGGACGUGGCUAGUAAGGUGAGGCUGGGAAAUGGGCUGUUUUUUGGGAAGCAUGCGAGUCAAGAUCUGGGGGACCAGGCUUUAGGGUGGAGUUGUGUGUGUUUAGAGAUGAAGAGUUGGUAUCGAGGUCUUUUGCCUCUACGUGACGCACGCACGUGGGAAGUUCUGGUGGUCGGUAGAGAGAGGUUAUUUGUGGAACACCAAGUGCUUACAUCCAGUGAAUACAGUUUUCAUGGUCAAAGUCUCGGAACAGAUGGUGAAUCGUCCUGAUCAAUCGGAGUUGCAGUAUGAUAUUCGGGACGGACGAGGUGCAUACGCGCAAUCUCAUCGAGGCCGAAAGCUUUUUGUCGCGCGAGAUAAACGAGCCAACAUCCAGCUUCCCCGGUAAUUCAACAUGUGAGAGCUCCGUGUUGCUGUGAGGGAGACUGGAUCCCCUAACCCACAAUUUCGUCAUGCAUUUCGCGUGUGUGAUUCGCCCCCUUGUAUGCUCCAAGUUGUUGUUCUCCACAGUGCUCUUGCAUCUCCGCACGCUACCCCCGCACACGCCACGGCUCCCCACAUUUUAGCACGUCGCGAAGGAGGCGUACCCAUGCCCAUAUUGGCGAAGUUUGGGGUAAGCCUCCUGUCACCUCGAGGACUGAAUGUCUGUUGGUCUGGAUAGAUGCAGCUUGUCGAUCGUCCGUUGGAAACGUGCGACAACAGCGUAACCUUUGGAGUGCCCUGCGUAGAGAUAAAUUUGGCCGUGCAUGCUUGAGCAAGAUCGCUAUAUUUGGGCUCAUAGAGACCAGAUAGUAACUCCAAGGGGAAAGGAUAACCGGCAAAAGUGUCAUAAAUCCUACCGCAUUCGUUUCAACCUGCCAUCACAAAGUGGGUCACCAGCAGCUAAAGACUAUCCCUACCGCAAUAGGAAUGGAGGUGGGGAUCGACAAUAGCGUUGAUACAUCUGUGUUGAGUGGUAGAUUUACAUAUAUUUUCCCACCUCCUGCUCGCAGACAUAUGGACUCCACGAGCAGGGCUAUUGCCAUCUCUACACGACCCCAACCCGACACCCACCGAAGCGCAGGGAGAUACAGAGAUCCGCCAUGCCUCUUGGAGUACUCGAUGACCACAAGCUCGAACAUGUGCCUGGCACAGCUCCUUUGAGCGAGCUAAGCAGGGUGGAUCUCGAAGUCGAUGGGACAGUCGAUCCUAACCUCCUCAAGCACGACAAGUCUGGCGAGAUUGUGCUGGUGCCGCAGCCUUCAGACUCCCCCAAUGAUCCGUACAAUUGGCCGAGAUGGAAGAAGGAGAUGUUUACUGUGGUGAUUGGAUACGGGUGCGGAUGUGUUGGAGCUGUUGGACCUCUGUUGACUCCAGCGUUCGUGCCGCUUUCGCAACAAUUCGGUGUACCGCUACAAACCUUUAGCAUGGGCGCAAAUGGUUCUUGUAUCGUCGCUAUUUCCGUCGGCAGCCUCGUCUGUAAUACCUUAGCCGUUAAGAUCGGCAGAAGACCCGUCUACCUCGUAACCACUCUAGGUCUCGCUGUAUCGUGUUUCUGGGCCGCAGAAGUCAACAGCUUUGCUUCGUUGGCUGGCGCGAGAACAAUCCAAGGUUUCUGCAUGGCGCCGUUUGAAGCUUUGAUCCCCGCAUCGGUCGCGGAUGUCUGGCACGUCCACGAACGUGGUUUGCGAAUGGCCAUCUUCAACUUGGGUGUGCUCGGCGGUAUCAACCUCGCUGGUCCCAUCGCUGGCUCUAUUAUUGAAACGGGAGGCUAUCGCGCAGCUAUGCAUGGCAUGGGCGGAGCAUUCGCACUGAUGCUUUUGUUGAUCAUCUUCUUUAUGCCCGAAACUGCGUUCAAAAGGCAGGGCGCAGUGAACAUCGAUACCAGCGACAAAACAGUCGAAGUGGAACCAUUGGAGAAAGAAAAGGCCAUACAUAUCGAGGACCACCCGACUGUGACUGGCAACCCCGCUUCCGAACCAAAGGAUUCCUUUAUUAAAGAACUAAUGCCUUGGAACGGAUAUUGGGACCACGUUUCCUUCUGGAGAACAAUGCUCCGUCCUUUUGUUACCAUCCUCUCUCCAAUUGUCAUCUUUGGCAGCCUUCUCUUUACGGUGUGCAUUAGUUGGCUGGUGUUAAUCUCGAUCACCCUCUCGCAAAUCUUCUCCGCGCCACCAUAUAACUUCUCCGUCGCUGCAGUAGGCGCAACGAAUGUUUCCUCUUUUGUUGCAUCUCUUAUCGCCACUGUAGCAGCAGGAUACGUCGUCGAUGGUAUAGCAACCUUCAUGGCGAAACGUAACAACGGUGUCUUCGAACCCGAGUUCCGCCUCCCAGCCAUGAUAUUCUACAUCGCGUUCACAGCAACCGGCUUCUUCGCAUGGGGCCAAUCCCUCGCAGUGCAAGACCCCUGGCCGAUCCCCGUAAUCGUCUGCAUGGGCCUGAUCAACCUCGGAGUCAUCAUCGGGGUCACAGCAGUCGUCACCUACGUCAGCGACUGCCACCGCGAGCAAUCAGCCGAAGCCUUCGCCAUUAUCAAUUUCCUGAAGAACAUGUUUGCGUUUGGGUUGACGUUCUAUUCGAAUACUUGGAUCGAGACGCAAGGAGUGCGGGAUUGCUUCUUUGUGAUUGGUGGGGUUACUAUGGCGGUCACGCUUACGACUAUUCCGAUGUAUAUUUUUGGGAAGAAGGCGAGGAGCUGGGUGCAUAGACACAAGGUGCUUGAUAGCGUUUUGAAGAAGGAGUGA